GCGGGCUUGACGGCUGCUGGGUUUCUCCCCCCACUCGGCCCCCUGUGGCUGGUUGUCAGGGCGCCUCGCUUUACGGCCCGGCGGCGAUGGCGGAGGGAGAGCGGGCGGAGAACGGCAACGGGGGCGGAGGAGGAGGCAGCGCCGGGCGGCCGCCGCAGGAAGGGGAGCCGGGGGCGCUGGAGCGAGCCGAAACCCUCAAGACGCAGGCGAACGAUUACUUCAAAGCGAAGGACUAUGAGAACGCAGUCAAGUAUUACACCCAGGCCAUUGAGCUCAACCCCACCAACGCCAUCUAUUAUGCCAACCGCAGCUUGGCCUACCUGCGGACGGAGUGCUAUGGCUAUGCCCUGUCCGACGCCACCAAGUCCAUCGACCUGGACAAGAAAUACAUCAAAGGCUACUACCGCCGAGCGACCAGCAACAUGGCCUUGGGCAAGUUCAAGGCAGCUUUGCGGGAUUACGAGACGGUGGUCAAGGUGAAGCCGAACGAUAAGGAUGCCAAGAUGAAGUAUCAGGAAUGCAACAAGAUUGUGAAGCAGAAAGCCUUCGAGCGCGCCAUCGCCAGCGACGAGCACAAGCGGUCGGUGGUCGACUCCCUGGACAUUGAGAAUAUGACCAUCGAGGACGACUACAGUGGGCCGAAACUGGAGAACGGGAAGGUGACCUUGGACUUCAUGAAGGAACUGAUGCAGUGGUACAAAGACCAGAAGAAGCUGCACCGGAAAUGUGCCUAUCAGAUUUUGGUACAGGUGAAAGAGGUGCUAUCCAAACUCCCCACCCUCGUAGAAACCACGUUAAAAGAGACGGAGAAAAUUACCGUCUGUGGAGACACCCACGGACAAUACUAUGACCUCCUGAAUAUAUUCGAACUGAAUGGGCUGCCCUCCGAAGAUAAUCCAUAUCUGUUCAAUGGGGAUUUUGUGGACCGCGGUUCCUUCUCGGUGGAGGUUAUACUAACCCUCUUCGGAUUCAAGCUGCUAUAUCCCGAUCAUUUCCACUUACUCCGAGGGAACCACGAAACGGAUAACAUGAACCAGAUCUACGGGUUCGAGGGCGAGGUCAAAGCCAAGUACACGGCUCAGAUGUUUGAGCUCUUCAGUGAAGUCUUCGAGUGGUUGCCCCUGGUGCAUUGCAUCAAUGGGAAAGUGUUGAUAAUGCAUGGUGGACUCUUCAGUGAAGACGGUGUCAUGUUAGACGAUAUCAGGAAGAUUGAGAGGAAUCGUCAACCUCCAGACUCAGGUCCCAUGUGUGACCUGUUGUGGUCAGAUCCCCAACCCCAGAGCGGCCGGUCGGUCAGUAAGCGAGGAGUGAGCUGCCAGUUCGGUCCCGACGUCACAAAGAGUUUCCUGGAAAGCAACCAUCUAGACUACAUCAUUCGAAGUCACGAGGUGAAGCCCGAAGGAUACGAGGUGGCCCACGAUGGGAAAUGCGUCACGGUUUUCUCAGCCCCCAACUACUGUGACCAGAUGGGUAACAAGGGGGCCUACAUCCAUUUGCAAGGCUUGGACCUGCGCCCGGAGUUCCACCAGUUCACAGCAGUGCCUCAUCCAAACAUUAAGCCCAUGGUCUACGCCAACUCGCUGCUGCAGCUGGGGAUGCUAUAAGGCCACCUCCCGCCUCUGCUGACCGGCCCCUUCCCCUCCCAGACCGCCUGGACGUCCACUCACCGGGCAGCGAUCGUGAUUUCGGAGGGGGUUUCGUCUUUUUUUUUUUUUUUUAUCAUUUCUCCCAACAUCAGCCUUCACUACGGAGCAGGACUAUGCCGCGGCCAGGGGGACGGGACGGGACGGGGCAGCCGAGGGACGGGAUGGAAAAAAAUCAGUAUCGGGGUUGAGGGAGGAGAGUCCCUUUCCUCAAAGAGCAGGUAGAGACCCCAGGUGGUUCUUUCCUUGCACUUGCUCACCUGGAGUGCUUCACCUGUGGGAGAAACACCAGUCGGAGCGUGAAGAAACACAAGGAUGUGUUUUUUUAAAAAAAAAAAAAUAAUUAUAUAUUUUGGAAGACUGUAUUUAUUCCCUAGGUCAUCGGUUCUUGUUGCUGGUUUUUUGUUUCUUUUCUUUCCAUAGUCCUCCUCAUCUGCUUCCUUUCCCGGCUGCUGCACAGCCGAGAAAGGAGACCCAGAAGGGGAAAUGCGGGGAGUGGGGGGGGAGGAUGUGCCAGCGGGGCAUCCCUCUGUCCCCGAAAACGUCUCCCAACACCACCACCCUCCUUCCUCUGCUGAGCAGCCCCUGCGUCUGUUGGAGCCGAAAUCCAGCAACUACGUUCCCAGCUGGGGGCGGCCCAAAAUGGGGAGGGGGGAGCUGUCCUGAAGAGGAACAUGUAGGUGAAUGAAAGGGUCAACUCGCCCCCCCACCCCACCCCACGCACACUUUCAAGUUUCUUCAAUCAUGGAUCCAUCCUUGGUGACCUUAAGAUGGGUGGACUUCAACUCCCAGGAUUCCAUCCAUCUUAAAGUCCCUCGAGGUUAAGAAACACUGAUCCGUCUUGGCCGGAGAAGAAGGAAGCGAUCCAACCUCAGUCAUCCAUGAUACUGACCAACAGCUUUCCCUGCAUCCUUUGGGGCAGGGGUCUCCAACCUCGGUCCCUUGAAGACUUGUGGACUUCAACUCCCAGCUUUGCUGGCUGAGGGACUCUGGGAGUUGAAGUCCACAAGUCUUCAAGGGACCAGGGUUGGAGACCCCUGCUUUGGGAGCGAGGGGGGCUGAUGCAUCCUUGCCCCCCCUGGCCUUGGGUGAAGGAAAAUCCACAGCAGAAGCCAAGACAAGGGGGUACAGAACCCACCCACCCCACCCGCCCUCUCAUUUUCCCUCUCAUCCCCCCUCUUUGGAAAAUCAAUUCUCCCCAUUGAACUCUUCUCCAGAUCUUCAGCCACUUAAGAUCUUUACGCAAUGCAGGCCCGGACCCCGACUUCCCGGGACCCCCUCCUCUCUCCUCAAGAGAGGAACCCCCCCCCCUACUUUUUAUUUGCUAUGCUGGUGGUCAAUUCAGAGUCACCCCACUUUAGCCCCCUUGGGGUCCCCAAGUCCUGGGGGGCUCUCUUGUAGUCCCACCUCAGUCGACGGUUUGGAGUAGACCUCUCCUAUCGGUGACUCGGGAGGGGGGCGGCCGAGUUUCUGGAACGCCCGGUUUUUGCAGCUUGGAAAUCACACCGACUUUUCUUCCUUUGCAGAAAAGGAAAGAAAAGACAAAACACACAACAGGGACCUAAAUCCCUUUCUCUUCUCUCCCCUCCCACUCCCUCCCGGGCAGCGAUGGAGACAAAGCCAUCUGCUCACCAGGUAGACAGUGACUGGCCUACCUACCUACCUAUCUUCUUUCCUCCUUUUUCUAUUCCUUCUUUCCUCCUUUCCCAUCCUUCCUUCCCCCUCCCUCCCUCCCUUCCCUUUUUUCUUUUCCUUCCUUCCUCCUUUCCUUCCUUCCUUUUUUUCUUUUUAUUCCCUUUUUUCCUUCCUUCCCUUUUUUCUUUUCAUUCCUCCUUUCCUUUCUUCCGUCCCUUCUUUCUAUUCCCUUCUUUCCUCCCUCCCUUCCCUUUUUUCUUUUCCAUCCUUCCUUCUUCCCUCCCUCUCUCCCAAAGCCUGUGACAAAAGAGGGGGCCGUGGGGUGGGGUGGAGUCACAGAACUGGAAACGGGGGAAGAAGACGACCUCCCCCCACCCCACCUCCCCGCUGCUCCCUCUUGCCCUGGAACAGCUCCUUUCGGCUUAUUUUCUUUCUACUUUUCUGGCUGAGAAGAGAAGCAAGCAAAUAGAUGACAAGCACUUUGGUGUCGUAUUAUUAUUAUUAUUAUUAUUUUUCUCCAUGCCGACUGGAGGGUUUUUAUAUACAUGCAGGAUUUCUUUGCCACUCGCCCUCCUGCCUACUGAGCUAUUUUACUGUCUGUAAUUAAACCAGAGAUGUUAAAAUAAAAUAACUAUUGAAAGAUU